AGCCGCGUGAUGGCGCUGAGGCGCUAGUGGCGCGCAGAGCGUGGUGUGAAGAACCGCCAUGAUUGUACUGCGGUUCCUAAGCACCUGAAUCGGUGUUUUUUUCUCCAAUUAAUUCUUUGUGUGUGUUGGAAAGAGAAAACAAGCAAAAUGGGCACAUCCUAGUUGGUGCCCCCCACAAUUUGCGGUGGGCUGUGGCCCACUCAGCCCCCCGUGAAGUAAAUUAUGAAGUGUUUUGUGGUGGUGGGGGCUUGCUAAUAUUUGUGCUAGCAAAAUGAGCAAGUUUCGUGCGAGGCAGCUCGACGCCUCAAAACCCAUCCCUGUGUAUAUGCAAGAGGAUAUACCGGACUAUGCGGAAUUUAACGCCAUCAACAGGACGGUGCCGCAGAUGCCGACGGGCAUGGAAAAGGAGGAAGAAACGGAACAUCACCUGCAGCAAGCCAUCUUUCACCAACGAGUGAUUCCGGUACCCGAAGUGUACGACUUGGGUAACAAUGACGCCUCCGUCCUUGACAACAUGUACCCUCUCAAUUAUAAGGCUCCCAGACAGCUGAUCCACAUCCACCCAUUCUCAGCAGACCAGGACAUCCCCGAAUAUGAUAUGGACUCGGAGGAUGAAGCGUGGGUCAGUCAACAUGCUGCUAAAGGGGAGGUUCCACUCACUAAUCUACAGUUUGAGGAAAUGAUGGACCGCCUGGAAAAGGCUUCGGGGCUGAAAGCUGUGACUCUGCAGGAGGCCAAGGUGCUUCUGAAGGAUGAUGAUGAUCUCAUCAUUGCCGUCUACGACUAUUGGCUCAACAAGCGGCUCAGACUGGCUCAUGCACUCAUACCGCAGGUUAAGACAGAGAAGGGCUCAGGGUCAAACUCUAAUGAUCCAUAUGUGGCUUUCCGUAAAAGAACAGAGAAAAUGCAAACUAGAAAGAAUCGUAAAAAUGAUGAAUCCAGCUAUGAGAAGAUGCUAAAAUUGCGUCGAGACCUGUCUAGAGCAGUUACCUUACUGGAGAUGGUGAAGCGAAGAGAGAAAGCUAAGAGAGAAUACCUUAAUUUAAACAUUGAGGUGUUUGAAAGGAGGUAUGAGAUGCAAGAUUUUACUGGGUCAGUGUUAGCAGAGGUUAGUGCUUUAAGGACACAGCGACCUGCUUUUGCUCCCCUAUUCUCCAAUCACCAACUUUCAUCAGGCACUACAGCCCCUAGUGCAACUUCAAGUGGAUCUUGGCUAAAAGUUGCACCAUUAUCACAUUCCAGCAAAGUGAGUAAGAAAAGAGAGGAUGGGAAGCGAGAGCGAAGAUCUUACAAAAAGCGCCCAAGGCGACAUCAUGGACAAUUAUCUUCUUCAGCAUCAUCUACACCCCCCACACCCCAGCUCACUCCCACAUAUACACACCCACCUGACCCUUAUACCAUUGCAUCAGCAUACCCACAGGACACACUGGGAUAUGUGCCUCCUAGUUCGGAUGACGAGGUGGCUUCUCCGUCACAGUCUGAAGCAGAGGAGGAAAACGAACCAGAUGGUGUUUUUACUUUUAGAAGAAAAAAAUUUACUAAUUACCAUGCUCCCCGGGAAGGUAACUGGCCGUGGGUCCCUCCAGAUGAAGGAGGAGGAGGUGACCCUAAAUACAGAUUUUCUCUCACCUCCUUGGCACACCCAACUCGUCGAUGUAUUGGUUUCGCUCGCCGGAGAGUCGGUAGGGGGGGCAGAAUGUGGAUAGAUAGAUUAAGUACGCCGCUUGAUGAUCUUUGGUUCAAGACGGAUUUUAGAGAUGUGGGACCUAACGGCCUCACAGCUACAAAUGAUUUCCUCCAUGAGGUUAAAACAGAAUGGCCGCACUUUUGCCCGAGUUCUCCGCCUGGGGAUGACACCGAUGUGGAAAUAGACGUUGAGACUGUAGGAGUUCCUGUCACCUUAACACCCGAUGUGAACCUCAAUUCCACCUCAUCCCCAGAAGAGUUAAACCUUGCAACUACUUUGCCAUCCUCGGUUUAUAUCACUGCAGAAGUUAUUGAUGGUGAAGCUGCUGGGAAUGUAACGGAAUUAGAAGUGUCAAUACCAUCAGAAUUAGACACUUUACUCAAUAGUGACUCUGGAGUGAUUCUUGAGGAGAACCUAGAAGUGGACCUUGUGACAGAAAAUAGUAAUGUAGCAAGAACUGGUGGUGGGCCAAAUGAUGGUUCUAGUGCUAGUGGUGGUGUGACUUUAGAUGAUCUCUCAAACAGUGUAUGGGCAUCAAAUUUUAGUAGUACAAUUGAUAGACAACAACAACAUUCCGUAGAUUUCACCACUCAACCAACAUCCAAGUUUGUGACGCUAGACUCUUAUAACACGCUUCCCUUGGCAGUAUCGGGGCUUCAACUUAGUACAAGCAAUGUGACGGGUGAUGAAAUUCAUUCUUCCUCCUUACCCUCAUCAUUAUCCACAUCCUCAUUGACAUCUUUACCAUCCUCAUCCUUGACAUCAACUUCCUCCUCCUCCAUCUCCUUACCGACUUCCUCAGCAACUAGUCUAAGUAACAGCUUACUGUGUGCCUCCUCCAGUGUUUUAAGUGAAAAGGUUGGCAGCGAAUGUUCAAACAGUGAAUGCGGUGGUAGCCAAGCGUUAACGUCUUCACACCAACAAGAAUCUUCGUCGGCAGAUGCUUUGAGUGUACCCAGUGGACUCUUAUCAUCUAAUAAUAAAAAUAAUGGUAGCAAUGUCUUAAGUAGUGCGACAACAAAUAAUCUGGUGUCUCAAAAAUUGUUCACUUCAACACCUCGGACAAGUGACAGCUUAUCUAACAGUGAAAGUAAUAAUAGUGCAGCAGUUUUAACUAAUGGACCGAGUAAUUCUUUAGACAGCUCAAAAUGUGCUAAAGUGGAUCAUUACAUGUUUCAUGAAACUUGAACUUUGUCCUGAAAUUAGCAACUGAAACAAAUUCUUCUUUUCAAUUCAUUUCAUGUCUUUAACUUAUUUUUAUACCAAAUGCACAAGGAAAUAAUAAGAUGUGUUGAUUAUUCCAUGUC